AUGCUGCAGAGCAAGCUUACUCGCACCAUUUCCAACAUUUCCAUCGUCUCCAAAGACAGUAGAGCCAGUAGGAAAGAACGAAAGGCUGAGAGCAAGGCCGCGAGCAAGGCCAAUAGCGUAGCCAGCAGCAUCGCCAGUAGCAUAGCCGGCGCUUCCGACGAUGAGUACGACAAUCCACUCGAAAAUAUCGCGCGAUGGCGAUUGACGGCCAACGCCGUUGCCUUACGCUCGGGGGCCGCUUUUGCCUUCGGCCUGCAGAACCUGUCCGCUCCCGUCCCACCUGCUGCGAAUAGAGUCAUCUGGCUAGACUCUACCCUCUCGGAGUGGAGCGGUAACGAGAAGAUCAGGGUCGAUGUUUAUCUUCCUCCCACCACCUCCGCCAGCAAACCCACCGGCAAAAUCCCUGCGGUCAUCAACUUUCACGGUGGGGGGUUCAUCCUCGGACAGGGCACUGACGAUGCCCGCUGGGCUGGCGCCGUUGCCACGGCUCUCAAUGCCGUCGUCUUCUCCGUUAGCUACCGCCUGGCUCCGGGCUACCCCUUCCCCACACCGGUGGAGGACUCCGCCGACUCUAUUCUCCAGAUCGUCGCACGUGCCGAAGAAUUCCGCAUCGACACAAACAAGGUCGUGCUGUCGGGUUUCUCGGCCGGAGGCACACUUGCGCUUGCCAGCUGGAACAUUCUCCAGGACCCUAAUCGGUGGGGAUACAAGUUCAAACUACCUGUUCCCGACAUCUCCGGUAUAGUCUUGUUUUACCCGCUCUUGGAUUGGACUAUGACUAGGCCCCAGAAGCGAAAGACAUGUGGAAAGCCAGAAAUGACUCUUCCCAAGGGCAUGACUGACCUUUUCGAUGCGUCGUACAUAUAUCCUCCCAGACCAAGGACUGAACGUGGUGAUCCGCGUCUCUCACCUGGUCUCAUGACAGAUGAGAUGAUAGAUCGCCUGCCACCGGUACACCUGUGCAUGUGCGAGCACGACAUGCUGCUAUUGGAGGGACAGGCCUUUGCGGAAAGAGUAAGAUCCCGCGGGCGCCGGGUCAGCACACGUGUUGUCAAGGCCGAGAAGCAUGCCUGGGACAAACCUCCACCAUUCACGCCCAAGAAAACAGUCAUGGUCGAGUACAAAGAGGCAAUAACAGCUAUUGAAGAAUGGUUUGACAACACAGGGAUGACGUGGAAGCUUGAGUGA